AUGCUUGGAGGCACGAACUCGACGUGGCUUUCGCCGGGCAAGCACCCGGUCUCUGCGCUGUUUGAGUUUGCGCAGGCCGUUGGGGCGCGAGGCGACGGCGGCGGCGCCCGACGCGAAGUUGGCGCGGGCCGGGGCGGCGCACGCCCUGCUGCGCAUGCUGUGUCCCCGGCCGCUUCCGCCUGCUGCGUGCGGCGCGAGCUCUCUAUGCGCGGACGCGCCGCGCUAAACGUUCCUUUCGCCUCCACGCGGAGCUGGAGGACGGAGAGCUUCCGGAGUGACGUGGGCGGCGCGGAGGCAGGGGUGGUGUUUGCGGCACAGCGUGGACCGUGGGUCCGCGUGAUUUCGGGUGUGUCACUGCUGUCGCGUCCGGUCUGA